AUGGACACCAAGCGCUGCUUCGCCAACCGCUUCGAUGACUACCAGGGCAGCCUGCUGGCUGGCCAGUGCGAGGAGGCGGUGGCACCGUUAGUCACCGCCACCAUCGAGCGCAUCCUCAAGGAGCUGCCCCCGCUCGCGGGCGGCGCUGAGGCCCGGGGGGCGGCGGCCGCGGCCAGCAGCUGCCAAGGGGGGCUGUACGGCGGCAUCGCCGGGGUGGCCUACAUGCUCUACCACGUCUCGCAGAGCCCGCUUUUUGCCGGGGCCCGGGAGCGCUACCUGCGCUCGGCCAAGCGCCUCAUAGACGCGUGCGCCCGCGCUGAGGAGUGGGGCGAGCCAGACGCCGACACCCGCGCAGCCUUCCUGUUGGGGGGCGCGGGCGUGUAUGCCGUGGCUACGCUCGUGUACCACGCCCUGGGCCGGUCUGACUACGUGCAACCGCUGGGCAAGUUCCGAGCUCUGUGUGCCGUCUGCGCGCCCGUCUCCUUCCUGGAGUGUGGCUCCGACGAGCUGUUCGUGGGCCGCGCGGGCUACCUGUGUGCCGCACUGGUGCUCAAGCAGAAACUCGCCCAGGAGGUGCUGACUCCAGCACAGAUCAAAUCUAUUUGCCAAGCAAUUCUUGACUCCGGGAAGCAGUAUGCCAUGAAAAAGAGGAAACCAUUCCCCUUGAUGUAUUCUUACUAUGGAACUGAAUACUUGGGAGCAGCUCAUGGCCUGUCGUCCAUUCUCCAGAUGCUUCUUUCUUACUAUGAGCACAUCAAGCCCUCAGAUCAGGAGCUGGUAUGGCAGAGUGUGGACUUCCUCAUGGAGCAGGAACAGAACUGCAACUGGCCACCUGAGCUUGGCGAGGCCAUUGAGAGAGAGAACGAGCUGGUGCACUGGUGCCACGGCGCCCCAGGAAUUGCCUAUCUGUUUGCCAAAGCUUAUCUCGUUUCCAAGAAACCACAGUACCUGGACACGUGUAUCCGGUGUGGAGAACUCACAUGGCAAAAGGGCCUGCUAAAGAAGGGGCCGGGAAUUUGCCAUGGUGUAGCUGGCAGUGCUUAUGUCUUCCUGCUGCUGUAUCGGCUCACAGGAAACUCUAAAUACAUCUACCGAGCUCAAAGGUUUGCUGAAUUUUUAUUUACCGAGGAAUUCAAGGCUGGUUCUCGCGUCCUUGAAAGUAUAUACAGCUUGUAUGAAGGCUUCUCUGGGACUGUGUGCUUUCUGAUUGAUCUGCUGCAGCCCAGUCAGGCUGAGUUCCCUCUCUUCAGCGUCUUUGUUUAG